AUGUUUGAAAGCGCCGGUUUUUCCCGUAGCAAUCCUUAUUACAUUGUCAAACAAGGAAAGAUAACCCAACUUGCCACUGCUCCUGAUAGUCAACGCCUAAAGCUUCUUCGUGAGGUGGCCGGCACUCGGGUAUAUGACGAGAGAAAAGCAGAAAGCAAAUUAAUUUUUCGUGAAUCUGAGGCGAAGCGUGAACAAAUUUCCAAACUGUUGGAGAGCAUUGAAGAACGCUUGGGUACCUUAGAGAAUGAGACCAAAGAGCUGAAGGAGUACCAGCGCUGGGAUCGCGAUCGUCGAGCCCUCGAGUAUACUAUCUAUGAUCGUGAAUUGAAAGAGACUCGUCGAAAACUGGAGGAGCUUCAAUCACGCCGAGAACAAAGCAGUGAGAGCACAGCUGAAAUACGCCGUGCGGCUAAGGACACUGCAGCUCAGAUUGAGCGUUUGGAACGAGAAUUACGUGACACUCGACUGAAGGAGGCACAGCUUCAAGAUGAAGCGGAGCAGGUGCAACACUCGGUUAGCGCAAUUUUGCAGCGCCGAGAGCAGUUGCAGUUGACUUGUGGAGACUACACCAAUACACUUCGCAGUGGCAAGUCAGCACGUGAGCGUGCGGCAGAGGAACUGAACCGAGUGAAUGCUCAGAUCGAGGUGGUUGAACAGCGCCUCGCCGAGCUGAAACCUGAAUACAAGGCGGCUCGACAGAAGGAGGACGAUUUAGCCAAUGCUCUUUCUGACGCGGAGCACCGCAGAAAGGAGUUGUUUGCGAAACAGGGUCGUGUAAACCAGUUUCGAUCUCGUGUUCAAAGAGAUGAGUGGAUAAAGAAUCAAAUGAAAAGCCAGGCCAAGGCGAUUAAGGAUAAAGAGAACACUAUUGCGAAGCUCACGGAGGAAAUUAAAAAGGAUGAUGAACGUCGUGCCCAACUAGAAAAGGAUUUGGAAGGGGCAGAAGAGAAUCUAAACACCGUUCGCACUGAACUCGAUGCAGUGAGCGAAGAUUCGCGUCGUCUGCGUCGAGAGAAGGAGGAGACACAGGCGGAUCGUCAGACGGUGUAUAGGGAGGAAACGAGAAUCGCACAGGAACUAAACAAUUGGCGUGAUGAGCUUGCGCGCACCGAACACAGUCUUCGAUCCAUUACGGGGAAAGUUAUUCUUAACGGCCUUGAUUCUGUUCGCAAAGUGAUAGAAAUAUUCAGAGACCGAUUCGGGCCGGAGUGCGAGAUAGUACAGGGCUACUACGGCACGCUGAUUGAGCUGUUGGAGUGUCCAGAGGACUUCUACACCUGUGUGGAAGUGACGGCGGGCGCGCGGCUCUUCUACCACGUGGUGCAGUCGGAUCGUUACGUGAUCAAAAUCAUCAAUGAGAUCAACAAGCACAAUCUGCCUGGUGAGGUUCACUUCCUGCCCAUCAACAAGCUCUACGUGAAGGAGUCCCACUACCCCGAAGUUGAGGGUGCCAUUCCCAUGAUCUCACGCCUCAAAUUUGACGACAAAUUCCGUCCUGUCAUGGUGCACAUCUUUGGCAAGACGCUCAUUUGCAGCAGCCUCGAGGUGGCCACCCAGCUUGCACGUCGGCAGAACUUUGAUUGUAUUACUCUUGAUGGUGAUCAGGCCUCAAGAAAGGGCACUCUGACAGGCGGUUACUAUGAUAACCGAAUGUCACGACUGGAACUUCAAAGACGGAAGCAAAAGACGGAGAUGGAGAUUCAGGAGACGGAGAACGUGCGGGAGAACAACGCUAAGAGGAAAGAGCAAGUAGACGCCCAGAUAAAUCGCAUCAUUGAUGAGGCGCAGCGCAAGGAGACUGUUCAAUCGAAGUUAGAGAUGACGUUUGACAAGCUAAAGAAGGAUAUACACUUGUGGAAGGAGGAGUUGCGUGCAAAGACUGAGGCAAGACCACAAAAGGAGUGGAAACUCUCGUCCUUAAGGCAUGACUUAGACCAGAUGAAGUACACCAUGGAGUCUUAUAAGGCCGAGCUAGGAACGGAACUGCCUAGUCAGUUGUCUGUUCAGGAGCAGAGGGAAGUGGAUCGAUUGAACGACAAGAUACAGGCACUGACGCGCGAAGCCAAAGAAGCCUACAGACAGCGCAUGAAUUUGGAGACAGAGAAGACGGAGAAGGAGACCCAGCUGGAGCACAACCUUUUCCGAAAACGUGAGCAGCUCGAAGCUGAACUCGCCGAGGUCUCUGAACAAGACCUUGCUGAACGUCUGCGGGAGGCACAGGAGGAGUUAAAAGAAGCGGAUAAUAGGAUAGAAGCGGAGGAGCGGACAGUGGACGAGGUGGAAAGCCGUUUGGCCGCGCUGAUGCAGGAUCAGCGGCGACUGGAGGCAGAGUUGGAGGCAAAGCGGAUGGAGGAGAAAGACUAUGCGGAGCGCAUCCAGGAUGACCAGCAGAGCCUGGAGAAGAUGCAGUCGAAACAGAGUCAACUCUUCAAGAAGAAGGAAGAAAAUAUGAAGAAGAUCCGCGACCUUGGCUCCCUCCCCGCCGAUGCCUUUGAUAAAUUUCAGGAUAAGAGUCUCAAGCAGCUUUUAUCUGUUUACACGCGUCCCGCGCAGUUGUUUAAACUGUUGGACAAGGCAAAUCGUGAAUUGAAGCGAUACAGUCACGUGAACAAGAAGGCACUGGACCAGUUUGUGAGCCACUCGGAGGAGAAGGAGAAGUUAUUGAAACGGAAGGAGGAGCUGGACGAGGCGCAUCAGGCCAUUAUCGAUCUAAUGAACGCUCUUGACCAUCAGAAGUACGAGGCCAUCACUCUAACAUUCAAACAGGUGUCAAAGAACUUCCAGGAUAUCUUUAAGAGACUGGUCCCUGAGGGUCGCGCAGAGUUGGUCAUGCACCGCGGCAAAAAGCCGGCGGAGGGAGACGAGGAGGGCAGCGACGAGGGAGGUGGGACAUCGCCUGCAGCAGGAGUGCCAGUGCCAGAGGUAGAGUUGUUCACCGGCGUAGGGAUUCGCGUCUCUUUCACGGGGGAGACAGCGGACAUGCGGGACAUGAAUCAGCUCUCGGGUGGGCAGAAGUCUCUCGUGGCGCUUACCCUCAUCUUUGCUAUCCAAAAGUGUGAUCCGGCGCCAUUUUAUCUCUUCGACGAAAUCGAUGCCGCGCUGGACGCUCAGUACCGUGCCGCGGUGGCCGACAUGAUCCGGGAUCUUAAAUCGGACGCUCAGUUCAUCACUACAACCUUCCGACCAGAGCUGUUGGAGUCGGCCGAGAAGUACUACGGUGUCAAGUUCCGCAAUAAGGUCUCACACAUCGAAUGUGUGACCAAAGAGGAGGCACUGGACUUCGUGGAGGAUGAUCAAACCCACGGUUAA